AUGACUUCAGAGGUGGACAAAACGCAAACUACAAUCGUCAUGGCUGCCAAAUCUGCUGCCGAAAAUGUUGCUAUCACCAACAAUUCAAUGCAGUCCGAGGAGUCGACACAACGCCAUCACAGCACGCUUGAGGGUGUUGAUGGUGUUGAUGGUAUUGCAGGGACUGGAAAUGCGAAUAGUGUCACAGGCAAUAAUAUUAAUGAAGCAAAAGCGGCGGCCAACGCACCACCCACAACAAACCUAGCAACUACAGUGACAAAUUUGAAGCCUUUAGAGUUGUCAAGUGUUGCGAUAUCCAUUGAAUUGGCUAGUGAAGAUGAGUCCUCUACAGCUGCAACACCAGCUAGUGGCGUGGAAGCGUCUGUAAGCAUAACUACAGCACCAGUCACACCAGCCACACCAGCCACACCAACCACACCAACCACACACCAAGCAGUAACGCCCAAAACGCCAACUACGUCCAUGGCUGCUGUAGCGUCUGAUAUACCUACAGCCACCGCCACAGACACUGACCCGAUGUCCCCAACAGAAACUGCAAUAGAGUUAGUGGCAACAACAACGCUGGCAAACACUGUUGCUGCUGUUAGUGAAACAACUGCUACUGCAGCCAUAAAAAGUGGCAGCACAACAACAAUAAGUGAGUGCGUUGUUGCCUGCAAUAAGGAAAAUAGCAACAGCACCCACAUCACGACAAGUACCGCAACGUCGGCAACACAUGCGACCUAUGUCAUGCUGGUCACUGGCGCAGGCACUUCAUCUACAGCCUCAUCCACCGCCAUCACUACACCAGCAUCGGUAACAGCAACAACGGCGUCAACGACAAAAGUGAGCUUCAGCGUGAAUAGCGCCACAAUUAGCACCACAAGCAACAGCACGUGCACGUCCAGUACGAAUAGCACCAGCAGUGUGACGAGCAUAUCCGCGCCGGCUGCCGCAGGAGGUGGUGUCACUGGCAAUGGCAGUGAAAGUGGCAACAGCGCCAGUUUGAGUGUGGGCGGCAGUCAUCAUCAUCAUCAGCAUCAGCAUCAUCAUCCGCCUCAACAUCAGCAAAACAGCCAGCAUGGGAAGUCGUCAGCCGGCAGUGGCAGUGGUAAUGGUGGUGGUGCCGAUGGCUCGCACAAUUUGCUGCUUGGCGCAAAAGCGUCACUAACAGCAACUGCAAUAUCAAAUCAACCGCUACAGCGUCGUAACGAAGAUGCGCCCAAUAUUCUGGUGUACAAAAAGAUGGAGACAAUCAUCGAGAAGAUGCAGGCAGAAUCAACGGGUGUAGCGGUGCGUACAGUAAAAGCAUUUAUGAGCAAAGUUCCGUCGGUGUUCACCGGUGCCGAUUUAGUCGCCUGGAUAUUAAAGAAUCUCGAUGUUGAAGAUGUGACCGAGGCACUACAUUUUGCGCAUCUACUCGCCUCGCAUGGCUACAUAUUUCCCAUUGACGAUCAUCAGUUGACAGUGAAGAAUGAUGGCACAUUUUAUAGAUUUCAAACACCCUACUUCUGGCCAUCGAAUUGUUGGGAACCCGAAAACACCGAUUAUGCUGUGUAUCUGUGCAAACGUACAAUGCAGAAUAAAACUCGACUGGAAUUAGCUGAUUACGAAGCGGAAAAUUUGGCUAAACUACAGAAAAUGUUCUCACGCAAAUGGGAGUUCAUUUUCAUGCAGGCGGAGUCGCAAAGUAAAGUAGCGAAAAAACGUGAUAAACUGGAACGUAAGGUACUGGAUUCGCAAGAGCGCGCUUUCUGGGAUGUGCAUCGUCCAAUGCCUGGCUGUGUAAAUACCACCGAAAUCGAUAUUAAGAAAGCCUAUCGCCGUGGUGGUCACGGUUCGGGCACUUCCGGCGGUGCUGUGGCCAAGAACCCUGUCGAACAGGUGACGCGCGUGAUUGCGCUACGCAAGCAGAAACUCGAGCGACGCACAAUCAAGGUGUCGAAGGCGGCAGAGGCUCUGGUUGCCUACUACGAGCAAUACAAUGAAUUCGAUUACUUUAUUACAUCGCCAGAGCUGCCCAAUCCCUGGCAAACAGACAGCACUGAAAUGUGGGAUGCGGAACGAAACUCCAAAGAGGUUCCAUUGCGCCGCGUCAAGCGUUGGGGCUUCAGUUUGCGUGAGCUACUCAACGAUCCAGUUGGGCGUGAACAAUUCUCGAAGUUUCUGGAAAAGGAAUAUAGUGGCGAGAACUUAAAGUUCUGGGAAUCGGUGCAACAAAUGAAGACAUUACCGCAAUCUGAAAUCAAGGAAGCAAUACAGAAAAUCUGGCAAGAAUUUCUAGCACCCGAGGCACCCUGCCCAGUGAACGUGGAUUCCAAAUCGGUGGAAUUGGCACGCGAGGCAGUCAAUGCGGUUAACGGUCCAAAUCGCUGGUGCUUUGAUGUGGCUGCAGCGCACGUCUAUCAUCUCAUGAAGAGCGAUUCAUACUCCCGUUAUCUGCGCUCAGAUAUGUACAAAGACUAUUUGAAUUGCUCGCGCAAGAAAAUCAAAUCAAUACCAAAUUUAUUUGGAGUGAAACGUUAGAAAGCUUAGGCAACGGCUGAAAUGAAGCUGUACAUACA